AUGAGUGAUAAUAUUAAAAGACUACCAUUACCAGCAGAAAAUGGAGAAAUUAAAAAGACUGCAUCAGGAAGAUUAAGUGAUGAUGGUAUUAAGAGAACCCCAUCAGGUAAACCUAUACAAACAAUGUAUGUGUUAAAUAGAAAGGGAGAAGAAGAAGAUAUAUCCUUUGAUCAAAUCUUAAAAAGAAUACAAAGGUUAUCAUAUGGUCUACAUGAAUUAGUAGAUCCUGCUAGAGUCACACAAGGUGUAAUAAAUGGGAUGUAUAGUGGUAUAAAAACCUGUGAAUUAGAUGAAUUAGCUGCUCAAACAUGUGCAUAUAUGGCUACAACCCACCCUGAUUUUUCUAUAUUAGCUGCACGUAUUACUACAGAUAAUUUGCACAAAAAUACUAGUGAUGAUAUUGCAGAAGUAGCUGAAGCUUUAUAUACUUACAAAGAUGUUAGAGGUAGACCAGCUAGCUUAAUUAGUAAGGAAGUAUAUUAUUUUAUUUUAUUACAUAAAGAUCGUUUAAAUAAAGAAAUAGAUUACACUAGGGAUUUUAAUUAUGAUUAUUUUGGAUUUAAAACCUUGGAAAGAUCUUAUUUAUUACGUAUUAAUAAUAAAAUUAUUGAAAGACCUCAACAUUUAUUAAUGAGAGUUUCUAUUGGUAUACAUAUAGAUGAUAUAGAUAAAGCUCUAGAAACAUAUCAUUUAAUGUCUCAGAAAUAUUUCACCCAUGCAACUCCUACAUUAUUUAAUUCAGGAACGCCCAGACCACAAAUGUCUUCUUGUUUCUUAUUAUCGAUGAAAGCAGAUUCUAUUGAAGGUAUUUUUGAAACUCUAAAACAAUGUGCUUUAAUUAGUAAAACUGCAGGAGGUAUUGGUGUAGCAGUACAAGACAUAAGAGGACAAAAUUCUUAUAUUAGAGGUACCAAUGGAAUAUCUAAUGGUUUAGUACCUAUGUUAAGAGUUUUUAAUGACACUGCAAGAUAUGUAGAUCAAGGUGGAGGAAAACGUAAAGGAUCUUUUGCUGUUUAUAUUGAACCAUGGCAUUCAGAUAUAUUUGAAUUUUUAGAUUUAAGAAAAAAUCAUGGAAAAGAAGAAUUAAGAGCACGAGAUUUAUUUUAUGCUGUAUGGGUUCCUGAUCUUUUUAUGAAGAGAGUUAAAGAAAAUAAAAAUUGGACUUUAAUGUGUCCAAAUGAAUGUCCAGGUUUAAGUGAAACAUGGGGUGAAGAAUUUGAAAAAUUAUAUACUAAAUAUGAAGAAGAAAAUAUGGGAAAAAAAACAGUUCUUGCUCAAGAUUUAUGGUUUGCUAUAUUACAAAGCCAAAUAGAAACAGGUGUACCAUAUAUGCUAUAUAAAGAUUCUUGUAAUGCUAAAUCUAAUCAAAAAAAUUUAGGUACUAUUAAAUGUAGUAACUUAUGUUGUGAAAUUAUAGAAUAUACAUCCCCUGAUGAAGUUGCUGUAUGUAAUUUGGCAUCUAUAGCUUUAUGUAAAUUUGUAGAUUUGGAAAAAAAAGAAUUUAAUUUUAAAAAGUUAUAUGAAAUUACUAAAAUUAUUACCAGAAAUUUAGAUAAAAUUAUAGAAAGAAAUUAUUACCCAGUCAAAGAGGCAAAAACAUCCAAUACUAGACACAGACCUAUUGGUAUUGGUGUACAAGGAUUAGCAGAUACAUUUAUGUUAUUAAGAUAUCCAUAUGAAUCUGAUGCUGCAAAAGAAUUGAAUAAAAGAAUAUUUGAAACAAUGUACUAUGCUGCUUUAGAAAUGUCUGUUGAAUUGGCUUCAAUACAUGGACCAUAUGAAUCCUAUCAAGGAAGUCCAGCUAGCCAAGGAAUAUUACAAUUUGAUAUGUGGAAUGCUAAAGUUGAUAACAAAUAUUGGGAUUGGGAUGAAUUAAAAGCUAAAAUUCGUAAACAUGGUUUAAGAAACUCAUUAUUAUUAGCACCUAUGCCAACUGCAUCUACUUCACAAAUUCUUGGAAAUAAUGAAUCCUUUGAACCAUAUACUAGUAAUAUUUAUUAUAGAAGAGUUUUAAGUGGAGAAUUUUUCGUUGUUAAUCCUCAUUUGUUAAAAGAUUUAUUUGACAGAGGUUUAUGGGAUGAAGACAUGAAACAACAAUUAAUAGCUCACAAUGGAAGUGUUCAAUAUAUAAGUGAAAUACCAGAUGACUUAAAGGAGUUGUACAAAACAGUAUGGGAAAUUAAGCAAAAGAAUAUUAUUGAUAUGGCUGCAGACAGGGGUAUUUUUAUUGAUCAGUCCCAAUCUUUAAAUAUUUAUAUUCAAAAACCAACCUUUGCAAAACUAUCAAGUAUGCAUUUCUAUGGAUGGGAAAAAGGAUUGAAAACGGGAGCUUACUAUUUAAGAACCCAAGCAGCCACAGAUGCUAUUAAAUUUACUGUUGAUACUCAUGUUGCAAAAAAUGCAGCAAAACUCAAAAAUGCAGAGGGAGUACAAAUUACAAGAGAAGUUUCCAGAGAAACAAUUUCAACUGAAUCAACCGUAACUCAAAAUGUAUGUCCUUUAAGACGUAAUAAUGAUGAACAAUGUUUAAUGUGUUCAGGAUAA